AGGUCCUGUUUCUACAACGAUUGUUGUUUGCGAUCUAGGGACGUCAUGAUGUGGUACAUACAAGCUGGCUAGUGCAAUCCAUUCAGUAGAAGUCGGCUGCUUUUCUUUUCAAGGCUUACGCUUAGACUUCACUCUUGCUGAGAAGGUCUGUGAGCGUCUGUAACAGUGUUAAAAGUAUUUUACUUCUACGACAAUGAAAUGAAUCUUCCGCAUGGUUGUAUCGUUUAUGCCUAGAACAGAUAGAUCGAAUAACUUCUUCACCUUGAUGGCAAACACUAACACCUAUGUUUCUUCUAUCUUGUCAACUACAUCACAGCAAGUGGUAUUAUUAAAUAGGGAGGUUCUAAGGAGGUGCAAAAAGGAUGACGCAGGUUGCGUGUCGUCGUCUAGGGGAUGCUCUGGGACAUCGUAUAGAAACCUUCACAAGAAGAGGAGUGUCUUCUUGCAGUUCUGCCCUUCGUCCAGAUGCGUUAUCAGCUUUGCGUCGUGGCGAUAUAUUGAAGACGAGGAAUCCAGCAUGUCCACCAUCCUCAAACGAAAUAGCGAGCGGCGGGAGCCAUGUUAUGGCUAUACUUAGCUCUUCUUGUUUGUGCAUAGUGUGUCUGUAUAGUGUUGACGUUAUCUUCUUGAAGUGAUCUUUCUACGGAGUAGUUGUACUUGUAGUCUUUCUGGUACAUGGAAACAGAAUUUUCGAUAUAAUGUCUUUCCAACAUCUAAGGCUGGCACUGCAGUAUUGCGGUCGCGUGAGAAGGCACAAUGCGGUAGUUUAGCAGGUCCUUCCGUCUCGGCGUCGUCGUCAACGCGAAGACAUUUUAGUUCCAAGCCUAUCGGUAGAGCGUUGUCUUCGUCCUCUAGUGCGACAGGCCUUAGGGAUCUUCAAUACGGGCUUCACAGCCUUAGAAGUCCUAGGAUACUAGCAGGACCUCUGACCAGAGCAGUAGCGGAAGCAAGACGAGCAUUUAGUGUAGCGGCGGCCGCCCCACCCAAUGAAGAUCAAGAUCACGGUUUUAGUAUGCCAGCAACAUCCGCUGGCGACGCAUCACCACAACCUGCAGCUGCAGCCAAAAAGCGGAAAGGUAGAAACUCUGCUGUAGUUGAUAGUACACAGUAGAAUGUAGUCAGUGGACAGCAUACUGUGGAUUAUAGUACUUUCGUAUGUAUUUUCACGCUUCUUCAUCACUUAUAUGUAAGUCUUCUCCAUCUGUGAUGGAGAAGAAACCUAUUGUGAUAUUUUCGCAUCUGCAUUAUUACUUUGAAAAAAAUGAAGAUUUUAGAUUUAGAUGUAGAACAUAGAUGAACACAUAUCAACGCCUUAUGACGUACACACAAUCUUUCUACUUGGUCUAAGGAUUCCCAUUCCUACUCUCUCUCUCUCACCUUCAUCCUCAUCAUCACCCUCCUCGAAAGAGAGUUUCUUCUAUUUCUAACGCAGUUCUUGUAGGUAAACACGGCGGGGCAGGCGGAAGCAUAUUUUUCUUAUUGAGUUGCGGUGCGGCAGGUCUGGCAAUCAUUUACCAGGAUGAACUGAUGCAACAACUCGAAGAUAGAUUCGGUCACUUCGACAACAGCAUUUUUGACGAGUUCAAUCACCAUUCUCGGGAGUUCUUCAUGGGGUACUUGCAUGCUUCAUCAUACCCGUUACAGUGAUUACAUUGGUUAUCAGUGUCGUUUCACUGUUUGUUUAGACCACUGGUCAUCUUCAGUGUCUUUUCACUUUGUUUAGACUGGUGAUCAAAAGUAGAGUACUUCAUUUGCGUCACAGCUAUUUAACUGUAACAACCCAUGUAUGUUUUGGAAUUAUCGCAUACUAUCAGAAUCGCGGACAUCUUGGUCCCUCCACCUGCUGAGCCGUGGUUACUCGAUUUCGAAACCCUAAAGUAUCCAGCGAACUUACCCACCCUCGUAAUCGAUCUCGACAAAGUUGUGUGUAUUAAGGCAUAGUGCUAAAAAACUAGCGUGUGGGCAAAGAGGCAGUCGGAGUUGAACUGGGUAGUGGGCAAGGAUCGUGAAAAUCCUCAACAUGAGCCUUUUUUGGGCUUUGGUCAUCUAUCAUACGAUCUCAACCUCUAAAACGAAGCUAGAAUUUGAUCGAAAAAGUGGUUGGCAAGUGCGGAAGAGGCCAGGCGCAGACCGGUUUUUUUCGGAAUUGCAGCAUUACUAUGAAAUCGUCGUUUUUUCAGACGACGUUUUUCCAGUGGCGUCAGAUGUGAUGCAGGCAUGGGGUGUUCCGGUAUAAUUUAGAUAUCUUAUGCUAGUACUAGGGCUCAAAUUAAAUCUGGGUUCUCGAUGAAGAUCUUCCACCUUUUCUACUAGGUACUGGUAAACCUUUUGGUGAUCACUAGCGGUUCACCAGUGAAUCAGCUACGUAGCAGGUAUGGGGUGUUCCGGUAAGUCAUUAUCUGCCUCCUUGCCUGAAUCAUGAUUGUUCCUGGAUUUUCCACCUGUUCUACUAGAUAUUCCUGUCGAAAGAUGAGGUCUUUUGUAGACUGAUCCUGAGAAGUACUACUACAGAAACGUUGACUCAUGUAACUAUGAGUUGACGUUGUUGUAAGUAGCUUCUUCGGAUUUGAUCUUGACUCGGCGAUUUUCUGAGACAGGAAUUUCCUCAAAUAUUAAUUUGUCAACGCGCAUCCAUGUAGUUUCAACACUUUUCUUCAACGACCGCAAUUUUUUAAUACAGGUUGGUGGCGUGUUGCAUCGCGAGUUCUGCCAGAGGUGGUACAAUUAUGUCAGAAUGGACCAAGAUUCACCUACAGUCAUAAUUCUCGUCACUCUACAACUAAGUAGAUAGUCCUAGCCGCCCACUAUGAGUAGAUAGUCCUUCGAUUUAUAUACAGUUUCUAAAAAAGCAUUUGACCACGCCCCACGCCCCAAUCUAUCUCUAAGCAAAGCAUAGUCAGUCUUUUUCCCCAACGAUUGUCGUAAUUAACUAGAUGAAUGAACCUACCAAACUUCGUAGUUGUACCAUGUCUCAAUCUAGUACUUAGCACGAGGAUGAUGUCUCAAUCCUUCAUUUCCCCCACUCUAAGGGAAGCAUUUCCGAAAGGACAUCGGGAAAUUGGGUCGCAACCUAGAAAGGGUAAUCCACAUUGAGCAUGAUCCUAUUGCGGUUGAGAAACAUCCGGCUAAUGCGAUCGUUUUGCCAGCGUUUGACGGAGACGAAAACGACACCGCUCUAUUGGAUCUAAUCGACUUUUUGAAGGCGGCAAUUUAUGGAGGAAAUAUUAUUUUUGUACAUCGACGUAGGCAGUGCAGCACGCAGGCUAACUCUACCAAACAGCGGUAGACACCUAACUAAUUCCUCCCCGAGAAGAACGCAAAAAAAAAAAAACGCUGGACUGAGGACCAGGGCGACAUACAGGGAGACCCAAACUGAAUGAAUGAACGAAAAAGAAUUUGUGGGGUAAUUUUUCCCUCAUCAUCCUAGAAAAGAAGAACUAUCACUACAACAUGCGCAUCUAAUUACAAAUGCCUUACCCCAAGAGUGGGCACAUCAAUCAAUCAAUCAAUAGGUUAGUCCCUCCAAUCAAUUACUAAGCCCAGUGACGUCGAAAAAAAAAAUUUUCGUUAUCUCAGACAGUGGUCCUUGGAGUUGAAUCACUUGUAUAUUCCUAAAUAUGCUGCACUUCGAAUUGUAUCAGUUGUCGUAUGAUCCUGACUCCCUACGUAGCAUGAUGUCAUCUAGUAGUUCUUCCUCUUUCAUCUUCCGCAUCAGAAUGACGUCCGUGAUUUUCUGAAGAGGUACGGGGGUGACGGGGACGUCGGAAAGCGUUACAUGCUGGAGAAGCAGGAGAGAGAGCAGCUGGUUGCCAAAAGACGAUCUACCUUCAAUUUUGUUAUGGAGGCACCAUAAUGAUCAUGAUGGUUAGUACUCUUCCUAUUUUCGUGUUUCUUCUUUUCGUAGUUAGGGCUCUACCACAAUUAUGGAGGCAUGAUACUGAAUGUCUCUCCUGCAUUUCUAAUCUUUCCGGCGGCGGUAAUCGACGGACGACGGUGCGUACUGACCCGAUGGGACGACGGUUCUAACGAGAAGAUGACAACACUGACACCGUUCUGAUAAGACGGUUCUAACAAGGCGGUACAUCACUCAAUCAAUAAGACAGUCGUGAGGACUUCUAUUGUUGAUCACACUUCCGGUAACUCCGUGUAGCAAAAAAAAUCAGAAUACAGAUUCCUUCCCCAUCCAACCCCGUGUCCCUCGCUCGCCGAAUGCGCGUGUCCCGCGUAGCGAUAGAAAACAUAAGUAGACGUGAGAUGUACGAGCAAGCCAGAAGUAGUUCUUUUCCACCUUGAGAAUACAACUUUAAUUGUGAAUAUCGAUUUUUAUCUUCAGACACACUCCAAUAAGAAGCACAUAUACUUAUACAGUGCUCCUGAACAAGACUAUAAGUUUCCUGAAAUUAUGAAUGCCCAAAGUCAUUGGUUUUUCAAGAAGCAAGUCAAUUUUCUUUUUCAAUGUUCUCAAUUGCGC